UUCCGUAUCACGUAAUAGCUCUAUUAUUAAUGAAAGCCUUUUUAAUAAAAUUAAAAGAAAUGUUAAAGCAUUAAAUAACAUUAAAGUGGAAAAGGAAUAUAGGGAGAAUUGUUUGAAUUACAAAUAUUGGAUAUUUGGUGAAAUUUGGAAACUGUACGAUGUUGAAAAACCAUCACAUACCAUCAGCGAUAUAACUACCGAAUUUAUGAAACUAAAUGGUUGUUUCAAAGGUGGAAUUAGUAGAGGUUGUCAAUUCAUAUUUAUUUAUAAGGAUAUCAAUGAUUUAAUAUUAUUAUUAGAAAAGAGAAAUUUGUAUGACUACUUUAAAAAUUAUAGUAAAAUUAAAGAGAGUGUCUGUAAAAAGGAAAAUAAGGAUUUAUUUGAAAAAUACCUUAAAUCUAUUAGUGAAACAUAUAAAAAGCACCACGUUCAAGAAAAAUGUUGUGAUUGGGGUGCAUCAUAUUGUCCUGAUUAUUUUUUGAGUUGUGAUUAUGUGUAUAAUCCAAGUAGACUGUUAUCUUUAUUGGAAUCUAAAGAUAAAGGAGUUUGUGAUAAAGUAGAAAAAGAAUAUUCAUAUGAAACAGUUGAACUAACGAAUCCUCUAACUUCUAAAGUAAAGGUUGACAUGUAUAUUAAAUAUUUAAGAUGUGCUAAAGUUACUGAACAAGGUUUUAACGAAACAGCUAUUGUAUGCCAGCAACCUGGAUACCGUCCCCACCUAAGUAACUCAUUAAUGGAUAUGAAACGCAGGGGUAAAACGAUAGAUAAUAAUACAAAUAGACCAAUCCACCAGUUAAUAAUCAAUGAAAACCCAGUAAAUGUCGUUUUAAUUUCCAAUCAAGAUUACAAUUAUUAUAAU